GCAGGAAACACGGAACCGAUAACCGAUCACGAAACUACGGGAGUUCGCGUUUAACCAUCACCAGUUCUGGACCAGACUCCGGAGAGGAAUGGCCGGCUCACAUUUUUGGCGGCAUACGUUGGUAACGCUGGUGAAACCGUGUGGCUUGAAAUGGCUUGCUCCAGGGCCCAAAGGGCUGAGCUCGAGACCAACUCUCUUUGUCGUUUUCUCUCUCCACACUUCGUUAUUUUUUUUCCUCCGCAUCCCUCGACUCAUUUGCAGGGUUUCAAUUAUUCUUUCAGCCGGUCGUUUCCUGUCACUUUGUGGAUUCGCGGGCCAACACACACUCUUUUGCCCACCUUGCCUCGGCCAUCGCCGAUCUUAAUUCUCCACCGCGUCGAGCCUAGGACAUCGUGCGCUCGCGUACACAAAGUGGAGGACCAUCGUCCACUGGCCAUCAACCACUGGUCGGCAACCCACAUCCCAACCCAAAGGCCCAGCAGCUGCGUAAGACGAGCUCAGCAAAAAUUCGGUCCUGAAUUGUGCUGGCCCUGGAGGUAGGGCAAGACUGUGAUCUCAAGACCCGUACUCUCUGGUCUAGUGCGGCCCGGUUUCAGACCAACGAACGAACCACAAACCCUCAAAUCCAACCGCCCCAAACGGCCGGGAUUAUUUUUCUCGCUCUGUUCGCCCAGCGUUUCUCCACCGAGGACCGCCCCCUCUCUCCUCCACUGGAGACCCAAUCGGGGCCAACCAGCUGAAGCAUCGAUCUACAGCUCCAUCCCAUAAAAGGCACUCCCACCCUCGGUCCCCCCGCUCGCUCUCUUUCUCUCUUGCGAUGAAGGGGCAUUUGGGGAUCGCAUCGAAGCGAUUGUCGACUCACCGGUUUCACCAAAUUCCAGACCUACCACCCGACGCCAUGUCGAAUCCACACGACGUGACGAUUGAUAUUCCCCUCACGGCAACGGCCAGUCGUGGUCAGAACGGCGCCCGGAAAUGGGGCUCGCACACCGGAUCAACGGUGCCUAUCAAUGGCUUCCAAGACGAUAAUGAGAAAGAGCCCAUGAGGGGCCCCGGUCGUCGCCGUCGUCAGGAUUCGGAUAUCAAUGAGGCAACGGGGAAACCGGCCGACUCGCCGGAGGAUGGAUCGAUUAACCGCAUGGGCCGUAUCUACCAGGCUAUUUACAACUUUUCUAUUGUCACUCGCUACAUGAUUUAUGUCGUUCCGAUUGGAAUUCUUAUCGCGAUUCCGAUUAUUGUCGGCGCAACGGUAGCCACUAAUGCGAGGAUUGGCGGUGUUCAUAUCUCUUGGUUCUUUACCUGGAUUGAGGUGGUUUGGGUGAGCUUGUGGGCGUGCAAGAUCUUUACCAAGUUUAUUCCCUACGUAUUUCAAUUCUUGUGUGGUAUUGUCAGUUCCGGAACGCGCAAGUAUGCGCUUAUUCUGCGGGCUUUGGAGACUCCCAUUACGAUCGUGCUGUGGUCGGUUAUCUCGCUGGUUACUUUCCUUCCGAUCAUGACCAUGAACCCCAGCAAGCAAUCCAGCGAUGAUACCAGUGUCAAGUCCUGGGAGAAGAGCGUCAAGAACAUUCUCUUCGCCCUGCUCGUCUGCAGUCUGAUUUAUCUCGUUGAAAAGGCCCUCGUUCAACUCAUCUCCAUCAGCUACCAUCGCAAGCAAUUCGAUGCCAAGAUCAAGCAGUCCAAGCACAACGUCUACCUGGUCGGUCUUCUCUUCGAGGCCUCCCGCAACAUGUUCCCCAUGUACUGUCCCGAGUUCAAGGACGAAGAUGCCAUCAUUUUCGACUCGCUCCUGGCUCAGUCGGCCGGGAAGCAAAGCAAGCGCAGCUCCAUCAUGCCUCUGCGUAUGAUGCAACAGGUUGGUCGUCAGGUCGGUCACAAUGUCGGCCGUAUCGGUGACAAGGUGACUGCUGCCUUUGGUAACGUUGCCUCUGAGCUCACCGGAAAGCAAGUGUUCAACCCGCAAGCCACUCACUCUAUCGUUGUUGAAGCCCUCGAGCGCAAGCGAUGUGCCGCGGCGCUGGCUCGCCGUAUCUGGAUGUCGUUUGUCGUCGAGGGCCGUGACUCGCUCUACCUGGAGGAUAUUGUUGAGGUUCUGGGACCUGACCACGAGGCGGAAGCCGAGGAGUGCUUUGCUGCGCUGGACAAGGAUGGUAAUGGCGACGUCAGUCUGGAUGAGAUGAUCCUCACGAUCAGCGAGUUCGGCCGUAUGCGCAAGUCGCUGAAUCACAGCAUGCACGAUGUCGACCAGGCCAUUCAUGUUCUAGAUAAUCUUCUGCUUUCCGUCGCCUCCGUGAUCGGUGUCUUGGUCUUCAUUUCGUUCGUUACUACCGGCUUUGGUACUGUCAUCGCUGCCGGUGCUACUUCCCUGCUCUCCCUGAGUUUCGUCUUCUCCACUACCGCCCAGGAAGUUCUGGGUUCCUGCAUUUUCCUAUUCGUCAAGCAUCCCUUCGAUAUCGGUGAUCGUGUCGACAUUAGUGACAAAUCCUACGUUGUCGAGCGUAUCUCGCUGCUAUUCAGUGUCUUCCGCACCGUCGGUGAUCACCGCAUGACCCAAGUGCCCAACAAUAUCUUGAACAGUCUGUGGAUCGACAACUUUACUCGCGCCAAUGCCAUGCACGAGCAGCUUACCGUGCCUGUGAGCUUUGAUACCAGCUUCGCUGAGAUCCAGGCUCUGCGUGAGGAAAUGGAGGUCUUUGUUCGCGAUCCGGCCAACAGCCGUGACUUCCAGCCUGACUUUAACAUCGAAGUUGUCGGCGUGGGUGACAUGGACAAGCUGGAGCUCAGUGUUGAUAUCCGUCACAAGUCAAACUGGUCUAAUGAGACCGUCCGUGCUGCCCGUCGCUCCAAGUUCAUGUGUGCUCUCGUCCUGGCCAUGCGCAAGGUUCCCAUUCGGGCUCCUGGUGUUGCUGCUCCCGAGGAGGAGUCCAAGGAUGACGGCGACGACAAGGCUGACGGUGCUCCCGGUGCUGGUGACACAAAGGCUGCUCAGGCUGGUGCUGCCGCUGGUGCGGAUGGCAAGCAUGAUGGCUCUGGACAAGCUGGCGGUCUUACUCCUGCUGCUGCGGCCGCCGCUAGCGGCAUGAUGGCCUACGACGCACAGACUACUGGCUUCGAGCAAAACCGUUCUUCCGGCUCCGUCACACACCGCGGCUCCUUGGCUGCCGGCCAGCGUGAAGCUGCCAUCGCAGACCGUUUGAAUGCCCGCUCCCCCGUUGUUCCGGCAGUCGACCCCAGCCGCGAUGACGGCGAUGGCCUGUACCGCACUGCGACCAACACCUCUAACCAGGGUAAGCAAUUGAGCGUGUACGACGGCAACACCGGUGUCUCGCGCGGACUCUCAACCGGCCACCGUAAGGCCGGCUUGCGCGCCUCAUACCAAGAAGACGACGCGGCAAUGCCACCACCCCACUCCCCCAUGGCAGCUGGCAUGAACUCAUCCUACAGCGGCGUGCCAAUCCUCAACACUCCCGCGCCCCCAAGCUCCCGCGGCAGCACUCGUUACGAACCACCCACUUCUCACGCACCCACCUCUCAACCCGGUGCCCACCCCAUCGGCUCCUUCGCCCAGUCAUACUACGGCCACGAGAGCACAUACGACUCCGUCCCGCUGAACGGCAUCACACCCGAUCGUGCCACCGCUUCUUCGAGUCAGUACGAUAUGCCGGAUCGGUAUGACCCCGUCUCCCCGCCAUCCAUCUACUCGCCGCCGCAGCCGCAGGCGCCUGCGCCGACACUGAAGAAGGGCCGGAAGGACUCGCCGUAUGGUGAGCAUGAAGCAUGAAAGCGAUAUUGAAAUUCUGCCAUGAUCUUGGGCCUUUUUUUUCUUUGACACAAACCCAUUUCUAUCAUUGUCGUUGUUGAUAUCUAGACUGGGGGUGGUUUACUUGACUUUCUUUCUCUUUUCACCCUGUUGGAUGUCAAAAUCUUUUCCUUUGGGUCUUGUUGUGUUGUAUGAUAUGUGCCGAAAUGGCUAGUUGAUCGGUCGAUCUAAGUUUUCUUUCUUAUUAGUUUACAUAGCAUCAGUGGAUGAUAUGGAUGAUGUCGCAUACAAAACUUCCCGUUCUCCG